ACUACCUGAGAUGGGAGAGGAAGCUGGGACCCAGCACAGUUCAUCACUGAAGAAUUGACUUUGCAGCUGAGGCAGACUGAUGAAGGAUAGCUGGCUAGAGGGGCACAGAGUCCAGUGGGUCAAAGUUUCCACAUUGAAACACCUGAUGAGGCUAAGAUGCAAGUAUGUGAACGAUUCAUGUUCCAAAAUAUCUUUUGAAAGCUGCUAGGUAAGUCGACUGAAUUAAUUGACAGAUACAAGUAUGUGAACCAUGCGUGUUACAACAGAUUUUUUGAAAGCUGCUAGGUAAGUCGACUGAAUUAAUUGACGUAUUAAGAAAGUAAUUUUCUAAAAGGGUAUGAUUCUGAAAGUUUGGUUGCACCACAUAAAAAGAGGGGAAGGAACUGAGGCUCUGAACCUAGAAGCCUCACUCGAGGGACAGGGAAACUCGGGUUUAAACCUUUCUUUCAAACAGAUCAUUUGGAAUAGGAUGCCACUUUUACUCUCUUUGGGUGUAUUAUUUUGUGUUCAUUUACUGAGAUCCCAAGCCUCUGAAACACACCCCAGACUUGUUUUGGGAAGUCUUCUUUGUUCCUUUUUGAGAGACCAGUUUCAAAUUUUCCUCCUUCUCCCUCAAACAUAUACUGUGAGGUGGAAAAAAAAUUUUGUUUCACAGAUUCCAAGAAGACCACCUUUUCCUAUUAGCGCGGAGAGCUCCAAGCCAGGAUAGAAGAGAGGUGAAGCACACGGACAGGCCUGAGCGUCCCGGUCACGUGGCUAGCGCACUGCUUGCUGGGAGCGCCCUGUGCUCUUAGUCACGUGCGGAGUCUGCGCACUAGGGUUCGGUCACCGCAUUCCCGCACUUUCAGUGAGGAGGAGUAAGUUCUUGCCUCCAGAAUAUGGCAAGUAACCUUGUGAAACUUGAUACUAGAAGUUACAAGAGACCAAGAGAGUUGGAGCCUCAAAUGCCAGAUAGUCCACAGCUGUCCUCUCUUGGAAAAUCAGAUUCAUCAUUCUCUGAAAGCUCUGGAUUAUUUUAUGAUGAUGAAGCCCUGGAGAAAGAUUUGAAUGAUAUGAGCAAGGAAAUUAAUCUAAUGUUGUCUACAUAUGCAAAGAUCUUAAGCAGUCUUUCUACCACUGCAGUCGGUUUCCUUUCUGUGAUAAUGCGCUGGAUUCCAGUUUUGAAGAACUAUGGGAAGAACAUGGGAAAUGCUCAUCUGAAAAAAGUGAUCUUCAGUAACCGAACAAAUUUGCCAUGUAUUGCACCACUACUGACCACGGUGGAGGAGACUCCACAGAUCUUUGCUCGAGUGCAAGGACAUUUUCCUAAGUGGCUUAAUGGCUAUCUAGUUCGAAUUGGACCUGGGAAAUUCGAGUUUGGAAAGGAUAAAUACAAUCACUGGUUUGAUGGAAUGGCUCUGCUUCACCAGUUCAGGAUGGAGAAGGGCACUGUGACUUAUAGGAGCCGAUUUCUACAGAGUGAUGCGUAUAAGGCCAACAGCAAUCAGAAUCGAAUUGUGAUCUCAGAAUUUGGCACACUGGCUCUCCCUGAUCCAUGCAAGAAUGUUUUUGAACGUUUCAUAUCAAAGUUUGAACUGCCUGCAACAACUGACAACACCAAUGUCAACUACGUGCAGUACAAGGGCGAUUACUACGUUAGUACUGAGACCAACAUUAUGAAUAAAGUGGACAUCAGAACCCUACAAAAAACAGAAAAGGUGGAUUGGAGCAAAUUUAUUGCUGUGAGUGGAGCAACUGCACAUCCUCAUUAUGACCCAGAUGGAACAGCAUACAACAUGGGGAACUCCUAUGGACCGCAUGGUUCCUGCUAUAAUGUUAUUCGGGUUCCUCCAGAGAAGGUGGACCUUCGGGAGACAAUUCAUGGAGCCAAGGUGAUAUGUUCUAUUCCUUCUGCAGAGAGGAUGAAGCCUUCUUACUACCAUAGCUUUGGAAUGACAAGGAACUACAUAAUCUUCAUUGAACAGCCUCUAAAGAUCAAUCUGUCGAAAAUUAUCACUUCUAAAAUUCGGGGGAAAGCCUUUUCAGAUGCGAUAAGCUGGGAACCCCAUUAUAAUACCCAAUUUCAUGUGGUGGAUAAGCACACUGGAAAGCUUCUUCCAGGGAUGUACUACAGUAAACCUUUUGUUACUUUUCAUCAAAUCAAUGCCUUUGAGGACCAGGGCUGUGUUGUACUUGAUUUGUGCUGUCAAGAUAAUGGAAGAAACCUAGAAGUUUACCAACUACAGAAUCUCAGGAAAGCUGGGAAAGGGCUUGAUCAGGUCUAUAAUUCAGUAGCCAGAUCUUUCCCUCGAAGGUUUGUUUUGCCCUUAGAUGUCAGUUUGAAUGCUCCUGAGGGAGAGAACCUCAGUUCAUUGUCCUAUUCUUCGGCUAGUGCUGUGAAACAGGCUGAUGGAAAGAUCUGGUGCACUCAUGAAAAUCUGCACCACGAGGACUUAGAGGAGGAAGGAGGCAUUGAAUUUCCCCAGAUCAACUAUGGCCAAUUCAAUGGCAAAAAGUAUCAUUUCUUCUAUGGCUGUGGCUUUCGGCAUUUGGUGGGGGAUUCUCUGAUCAAGAUUGACGUGGUGAACAAGACACUGAUGCACCAGGAUCCAGUGAAGAAGAUGCUGGGGUUAUUCUUUCUGUGGUGAUCACCCCCAACCAGAAUGAAAGAAAUUUUCUCCUAGUCUUGGAUGCUAAAAACUUUGAAGAACUGGGCCGAGCUGAAGUGUCUGUGCAAAUGCCUUGUGGAUUCCACGGCACCUUUGUACCCAUCUGAUGGGACAGCCACAUGGUCUGGGAUCUGGGUGCAAAAUGAAUGUUCUCUAUAAAAAAGAGAGAAAAAGAAGGGCACCCUGUUUUCCAAACUAUAGACACUUGAGUACAUAUUAAAUUUCUAUUAAAAAUGGGAUUCAUGAGA